AUGACGUCACGACUCGGAACCGGAAGUAGCUAUCCAUCUCAACUUCUACGUCAGGCCUACAUUAUGAAUUUUGCUGCCUUAGAUAAGAACAACAUGUGCUCUCCAAACAUGCAGGAUGUCACCCUGCCUAACACUGGGGAGUAUGGCUUCUAUGAUAUGAUGCUCACUGGAAUACCAAACACUCGCAACAAAGUGGUGCCAUGCCACCCAGUAGAAGAAAUUCAGAAAAAUUUCAAACAGAAAAAUGAGGAAAUGAACUUUUCAACUCUUCGAAAAAUUCAAGGUAUCCAUGCUCCUUUAAAACUCAAGAUGGAAAGAAUAGCAGUUUCCAAGGUUGGUCAUUUGCCCUGUCUGCCCAGUUCAAAUCUUAUGUUGGACACAUUGACUGGCCAAGAUGAAUUGGUAGAUUUCGGUGACAUUCUCAAUGUUCCUGAGUUUAGUGAGACAAUGGUUGACCCACAUAUUCUCAUGGAGAAACGUCUCAAAAACCUCUGA